AUGUCUUUUUUAAAGAAAUUAUUCACAAAACCAACAAAAGAAAAAGAAACUUAGUAGGUUCAACAUAAUAUCAAUUAAAUUUAUAAUACUUAACCAUUCUAAAGGAAAUCAAAUCCAAUCUAUAAUUAUAAUUGUAUAUAUAGGAUUGAAUAAUUCGAAAUAAUUCUUGAAUAAUAAAUUAUAGACCUUGAACAAUUAAAAUAAUUAACUUGGAGAGGUGCUCCAUAAGGUAAUUUAUAAUAUUAUAAAAGUUUAUAGAGCAAAAGUUUGGAAAUUAAUAUUGAAAUACAUUCCACCUAAUCAUAUGAGUUAAACUAAUGUAAUUUAGAAAAAAAGACAAGAUUAUUUUCAAUAUAUAAAAAACUAUUAUGAAUAAAUUCAUGAGAGAGAUGAAAGUGAAGAAAAAAUAAUUAAAAUUAUAUCAAAUGAUGUAUUACGAACAUAACCUGAUUUUCAAUUGUUUAGAGAUCCUAAGAUCUAGAACCUAUUUAAAAGAUUACUAUUUAUUUGGAGUCAAAGACAUCCAAUGAGUGGGUACUUUAUUUCUAUAAGUAGUUAUGUAUAAGGAAUAAAUGAUAUAGCAUCUCCAUUAAUAGCUGUUUUUCUUAAUGAAUAUGUUAGAGUAGAUUAUAAUAAAUUUGAUUUACCUUCUGAUUUUCAUAAACUUCCAGAUGAUAUACUUCUUGAUAUUGAAGCUGAUAUAUAUUGGUGUCUUUGCAAAAUCAUCGAAAAUAUAUAAGAUUAUUUUAUCCAUAAUUAACCUGGUGUAUCAUUAGCAUAUGAAAAAAUUAAAAAUAUACUUAAUACUGUAAAUUAUUUCUUUUAUUUAGAUUGAUCCAACAAUUUUAGCUUACUUUCAAUAAUAAUAAAUAGAUUUUAAUCAUUUUGCUUUCAGAUGGGUUAUCUGUUUAUUAGUACGAGAAUUCCCUCUAUAUUUAGCAAUUAGAUUAAUGGAUACUUACCUUUCUGAAGGAGAUAAUAUGGCUAAUCUUCACAUCUACACUGUUUCCAAUAUGAUCCUUAAAUGUGGACCUGAAGUAUUAUUUUAAUUAGAAAUCUAGAUUAAAAAUAAAAAUAUGGGGGAAGCUGUCAUCUUUUUAUAGAACCUUCCUACUAAAGAUUGGACAGAAUUAGAUAUUGAAAUGCUUUUGUAAGAAGCCUAUGUUUUUAAAGAAUAUAUGACAAAUAAACAAAAUUUGAAUUAAUCCAUGACUCCAACUUAAUCAAAUCGAAUUUCCAAUAAAUGA